UGGCAGGCUGUUUUGAACAGAGACGCAUCUGCUUCAUCCGCUUUUGUCUAUUGUGUUCGAACAACGCGUAUCUACUGUCGCACGACGUGUCCCUCACGAAGGCCUGCGCGACUUCAAGUGACGUUCGAAGACACUUCUGGAGAAGCUGAGAUUCGAGGAUAUCGGCCGUGCAAAAGAUGUAGCCCGGCCUCACGUCGAGACAAAGUGGCUGAUUCGCGAGACGAACUCACCAGACAAAGGCAAAAUUCCAGGUUGGGUUCGAAGAUGACGAUCAAGGCUAUCGCUGCCGAUCUCGGCGUUAGCAUCUGGCGCAUACACCGAAUAUUCAAACAUGAAACAGGAAUGUCACCCGAAGCGUGGCUACGUGAAGUUUCACUGUCGCAG